CAGAAGCAAGCACACACACACAAGCUUUGCAUCUCAGAAACAAUGGCGAAGCCAGUUGCUGAUUGGCAGAGCAACAAGGAAGCAGUUCAGGCCACUAACGACGACGCUUCCGCCAGCAAACUGUCAUGUGUGAAAAAGGGUUACAUAAAAGAUGAUUAUGUCCAUUUGUUUGUGAGGAGGCCAGUGAGAAGAUCACCCAUUAUUAACCGUGGUUACUUUGCCCGCUGGGCUGCGUUCCGCAAGCUUUUGAAUCAGUUUCUUGAUACUGAAGUCGGCGAAAAGGGUGAGUUGAGGAAGCAGAUACUGUCGCUUGGGGCUGGGUUUGAUACCACUUAUUUCCAGUUGCAGGAUGAAGGGACGGCACCGUAUCUAUAUGUGGAGUUGGAUUUUAAGGAGGUUACUAGAAAGAAAGCAACAAUUAUUGAAACCUGCAGUCAAAUGAGGGACAAAAUUAGUGCAACAGCAUCAAUCUCACGAGAGAGAGGAGAAGUGCUCAGUGACCACUAUAAGCUACUUCCAGUUGAUUUGCGUGACAUACAUCAAUUAAAUGAGGUCAUAGCUUUGGCUGGUAUGGAUCCCAGCCUGCCGACUUUUAUAAUUGCAGAAUGCGUUUUGAUAUACAUUGAUCCAAAAUCUAGUCGCGAAAUAGUUGGCUGGGCAUCAAAUACAUUUUCAACAGCCAUAUUUUUCUUGUAUGAGCAGAUUCUCCCAGAUGAUGCUUUUGGGGAGCAGAUGAUCAGAAACUUGGAGAGUCGAGGUUGUGCGCUCUUGGGAAUACAUGAUACACCAACAUUGGAGGCAAAGGAAGGACUUUUUCUUGAUCGAGGAUGGCAGAGAGCUGUUGCCUGGGACAUGCUGAAAGUAUACAGUACUUUUGUUGAUACUCAAGAAAGACGCAGGAUUGAACGAUUGGAAUUGUUUGAUGAAUUUGAAGAAUGGCACAUGAUGCAGGCAAGUCAACUCUUCCUUUGUGUUGUGAAAUAAAAAUGGUGCUAGGAUUUAUUUGGUAAAAUUUGCCCCAUGAGGAUUUACAAUGGUAGACCUAGAUUAGUUAAGUUGGUUUUCCUACUGUUUAUGCAAGUGCUUAAGCAUAUGUAUAUCAGCAUAUGCAUAUCAGCAUAUGCAUGUGCUGGCCCAUGUUUCAUGAACCACAGCGAGUCCUGGUGACCUAGAGUGUGAGUGCCACAAACAAUCAUCGGUGGUAUAAUUUGGGAGGCUAUCAACCAUUCUGUUGUACUGGAAACUGCUGAAUUAUUUGCUCCCUUUUAUUUGGGAGGUAGGGUUGUUUGGGAGGAUAACAUAGGUUGAUUGUGAGUUGUUCACUUAAAUGGAUGUGUCUAUCAUUCUUUAUCUGAAGUUUCGUCCCAUACUGCUGAUUUUCAGAAGCAUUACUGUGUGGCUAUUGCAAUCAACGAUGCCAUGAAUCUUUUUGAGAAUUUCGGCUUCCUGAAAGACCAGAAGAAGCACAAGCCCAUUCCCUCCUCAUCAGCUUCACCAUGAAAGCAUGAUACUAAGACCUUAACCAUAAAUCUAUGAUGCUGUUCCCAUAUCUGGGUAAACAUUGUAUCAGACAAGCACUUCUGAUUGUGCAUCAGGUAAACAAACAGCGGUCUCUCAAUUCUAGUAUUGGCUACAGUAUCGAAAUGAAUGGUGACCAUCUAUGUGCGUAUGUUGUUUUGGUUUAGAGAAAAAGAUCCUUUCCUCACUGUUGUAGCUGUUUGGAAAAGCAAGAAUACGUGGUAGGUCCACCAAGGCACCAAAUGUGUGUAUUCUAAUUGGUUUAUAGGGUUUGGGUCAUGUGAGGGGGGAUAAUAUGCAAGUUGGUUCUUUCCUACUGUAUUCUCUCUAUCCUUUUCCUCUAUGAUUUUGCUUGCGCUUUUCCACAUCCUGUUUUCUUCUUUCUUGGAUGAUGAUCAUGACGCUAGUUUGGACUUUGGGAGAUGGUGGAAAAUCUAUUCACAUAUUCUUGAUAGUA